AUGGAUAAAUUCGAUAUUAAAACGGCAACCUCUUUGAUCCCCGUAAUGGAUAAUACGGAGGAAAUUACUGAAAAUAUUAUUAACGGAAUUGAGAUGUACAAUGAAUAUCUUGUAGAUGUUACUCAGAAAAAAUUACUCAUCUCUUUUGUUUUAAAAACCAGGUUAUCUAAGUCUGCUAAAUUAAAGCUAAAGAGCGAAUAUGAUGACGUGACGAGUUUAAUACAAGACAUUAGAAAGUUUUUACUAACAAAAAAAUCUGCAAAUUCGAUACUAACACAAUUAAAUAAUUUAUCGCAAAAUAACAUGUCCAUUCACGAAUUCGGUGAUAAAUUGUCUGAGUUAUUUGUAGGCCUCACUAUUGCACAAAGCGACGGAAAUCCGAAGUCUUGUGAGAUAUUGAGACCUAUAAAUGAAAAACUUGCAGUUAAAAGGUUUGCAAACGGAUUACGCAAUAGGAGACUGAGCACAAUUAUAUCGGCACGAGACUACUCAAGCCUGAAGGACGCAGUACGUGCUGCUGAGGAUGAGGAGCUGGGACAGCCUUCGUUGUCCAACAACAUCUUCAACGCACAAAGGAGAGGUAACCAAUUCCCAUAUUAUAGGUCUUCACUAAGAGGUAGAGGUGGACAAAUGACUUCUAGAGGUAAUUUUUAUUCAAAUCGCGAAUUCCGUCCUCAAUUGCAACAGACGACGCUACGAAAUUACAACAACUUCAACAAUUAUAUGAAAGGUAAAUACGUAAAAAAUAAUUAUAAUCGAGGAUAUAAUAAUACUCGAUCGACGCGAGGUUAUCGUGGUAAUUUUGUGAGUUCGAGUCGUGUUCGAGGUAACACUAGUAGUGGUAAUCACAAUCAGCGAAAUAUUUGUACCGCACAUGUCGAAACUACAAAUGAGGAUAAAACUACCGAACGGAAUCAGUUUUUUCGGUCC